UUAAUAUUUUAAUAUAAAUAAUUUAAAAUGAUGUCCAACUAUGAUUCCAAGGCUCAGUACCCUGAGAUUGAAGCUCCUAGCAUGCCAAAAACUGUCUUCCCUGGAGUUCCUUAUCAUGCGAGAGGAGUAAUCCAAAAGGAACAAAAGUACGGAGAACUUCAUGAUGAAAAAGAAGCUAUGAGACCUUUAGAAAGCCAACCAUCAAAUAUGAGUGCUCCACCAAUGUUGGAAAAGAAGAGCUCAAAUAAUUUUAGUCUUGGAGUGGUUAGAUCAGAUGUUGGAUCUCAGCCAGCAUCUUCUGAGACAAGAGCUGCCCCAGAAUUAUGUGAUCCCACCACCAUUCAGGUGACUGAUGCUGUUCCGAUCUCAACUACAACAGAAUUGAAUGGGAUUAAAAUUCUUCCACAAUAUAGUAGUAUGACACCUGUGUUCACACCUCCCGAAUUCGAUAAGAAGAGGAAGAAGUUCUAUCAUCCUUUCUUCCAUGCUGAAGCUGAUAAAUACCAUGGUCCCAGAGGCUGUAAGAUAUGUUCUGGAAGUGGUUAUAGCACUAAAGACAAUUCUCCAUGUUCUCGCUGCUUCUCUUACCUAUGCAAUGUCUGCUGGAAUACUGGCAUUGAUAUCAAAAAGAAGAAAGAAUGUAAGAACAAGUGAGCUUAUUCCGAGUUGUACAAAAGAACACAUGGAGGUUCCUAGAGUUAACCUAAUCAAGUCUUAAAAUUUAUAUGAAA